AGGGGAGAGUAGCGGGAAGCGGGCGCGCGUCCAUCCCGGGUGGGGAGAGGGCGAGUCCGGCUCUGCGCUGAUCCCCCCCCGGGCUUAUCCCACCGCUAGCCCCGCCCGCAGAGCCGCCGGUUCCUCGCAGCAGAGCCGCGCAGGUGUGCAGCAUCGCCUUUGCCAGUACAGCCGCGAGCCCAUGGCGGGGGUCCCGUCCCCUCCCUGCCGUCCGGAGCCAGCGGAGGCGGCUGCACGGCUCCCCCCGGCCCCGCCGCCGGUGGUCACGGAGCUGGAGAUGAGGCUUUGCAUGCGUCAUCCCCUCCGCGUCAGGAGCAUGCCUGGCACAGCAGAGAUCCUCCGCGGGCCUCUCCGCACGCUCUGCCGAGCGAGGAGCAAGGACGUCACCGGGCCUCGGCGGUGGGGGGAGGAUGGGGGCAUCCUGCCAGGAACCCCCUCGUGGGGAUCACAGCGGCACCCCACUGCUACACCCUACGGGGGUGCACAGCCACCCCACCGUCACUUGCUGGGUGUCCCCACAGUCCCCACCCAGGCGUGCAGGAUGGGGACGUGGAUACCCAGGGAUGCUGUGGGGAGAUGACAGUCCUGCCCAGGUGCGGGGGCACCCAUCUCCCCUGGGGGCAGUACCUGGAUGCCUCAUCUGCCCUUGGGGAUGGCCUGCGUGACAGGGCAUGGUCCUGCUGUGCUGGCUGAGCUCGGCACACCACCUGGGCCACCCGCUGCCUCCCUGCUUCCCUUUGGCCCCGCUCCCUGUUGGCCUCACAGUCAGCAAUACUACUGCCAUGUUGCUUGGCUCCAUGUGCCAGGAGAGGGCUGUGCUCCACGGCCCCACUCACCCCAUGGCCACAGCUAUAGGGAUGGAUAGCCCCCUGGAAGGACCCUGCAUGAGGAUGGUGGGUCUAUGCAGGUACUGGGGCAACGAGGCAGGGGCAAGUCUCACCCUACCUCGCCAUGGGGCAAGGCUGAGGCUGGAUGCUCAUCCCCACUGGCUUUUCUUCCCUUCUCUGUGAGCUCAGGGUGGGCUCCAGGGGCUCCCCUGCUCUGUUUCCUAGGCUGAAAAUGAAACCCCAGGCAGGGUGCAUCACUGCUGGCCAAGUUGCCCAGAUCUCAUCUCACUGGGGUUGGUCCCAAGCUGUUCCUGCCACCUCCUGCCCCCUUUCUGUCCCUCUCUUUGAAAGCAGAGGGUUUAUUGCUCGGAGGUGACCCUACAUCAUGCAUGGGGGAUGCUGCUUUCUGAGCUGUGGGUGGGUGACAUGUCCCAGGGGUCCGGGCUGGGGGUGCUCUGUGGGGCAGAGGCCAGGGGCUCACCUCCCCCCAUAGCAGUGGGCCCUGCCCUGCUGGGUGCAGUCACCAGAUCUGGUGGGAGUCAAUGGCGCCAGUCCCCGGGGAAGCCGUGAGCACACCCGAUAAUGGCACUCAAUUGCAUUUUCAUUUUUUAAUGGGGGAAUUAUCCGCCGAUGGUGCAGUUAAUCACUCAUCUAUCUUUCCCUGGCCUGGAAGGCGGGCUGCCAGCCAGAACCAGCACAGGCAGUCAGGGAGGGGAGGUGAAGCCUGGCUCAACCUGGCUCAGCCUGAAUACAAAUGUGUUUCAUGCAUCCACUGCCCUCUGGCCAGCACCUCAUGCUGAGAGGGAGCAGUGGGAGCCCCUCUGUGCUGCCCACUGGCACCCUAGGGGCUGCAAAAUGAGCCUGCUGCUGUUGUAAAGACAACUAACUGCUGGUUGUGCUUGGCUGGCUGGCUGCCCCUGGGGCUGUCUGUUCCUGGGGACUGUCUGUCAUCCAUUCCUAAAGGCUGUCUGUCUGUGUGGUUGUCUAGAAGCAGCAGGAUGGGCAGGAGGCUCUGGGAGACCCCCACUCACGUUCCUCAAUGGGCAGCAAGGGCAUAGGCUGCUGUUGUCCCAGGGAGUCACUGCUGCCUGGCUGGGCUGGGAGCAACGUUGGGUGCUGGCAACUCAGCCCUGCUGCCUGUAGACAACAUCCCCUGUCCUACCUGCAUACAUCAGCAUGGCAGCCAGGUGGCCCUUGGCAAGCAGAUACCCAGCCCUGAGCUACGGUGAAGAGGAGGGCAGGGAGCUGGCAGGGAGCAGCUGGCACCUCUGCCCCACACUGUGAUCCUGCUCGCCCAGACGGCGGGGCUCCCACGCCUCUCACCCUGCGGGCUGGUCAUCUCAUGGCACUUGUGCCAGGUGGCCUCUCUCACAGCUGGCAUGGCCACCACCAGGCUGGGGGAUGCUGUCCCCAUGCUGGGCCCAUGCCCAUGGCUGAGUCUGGGCCAGUGCCUGGAAGACACUUGGCUGGCUCAGUCCCUGUGCUGGCGCGGGCAGCAGCUUCGAAGGGGCUGUGGAGCAUUUGGGCACAUGCCCAGAUGAAGCUGCUGGCUGCAGGCAGCGGGACUGGGGUACACCGUGCCACCCCUGGGCACAGGAGGGGAGCAGCACCAAGAGAUGUGCGUGCAUGUGCGCUGGUGGGCAUGCGCUGCACGUGCCCACCUACACCCGUGCACGGCUGUGUGCGUGGGGUGUGUGCCUGUAGGUACCCUGGGGGCGUGCAGCUGGGGGUGUGCAUCAGACUGUGCUGUGGAUAACGCUUUCUUCUCUCUUCCUUUGCAGAAAACCGGCCACUCGCGGCGCUUCGGUCGCUUCACGCAUGUUUUCCGCUCCUGCAGGAAGCAAAGCUACGACUCGGAGACCGGCGAGGAUGAGCCCAGCGACCCCCAGGUGACGCAGCGCAGCGAGCUGCAGGAUGAGACGGCCUUCAGCACCCCCACGGGUGGCUCCGACACCCUGGUGGACGCCUCCAUGAACACGACGCCAACCUCGGUGCUGGCCCUGUCUCAGGCGGAGGAGCGCUCCAGCUGGUCGGGCAGCCAGCAGACUGUGGUGGAGAAGGAGCCGGAUGCCAACUUCCCCGUGCGGGGACCCUACCUCCGCCCUAGUGCCUGGCAGCCGCAGGGAACUCCAAGGCAAGCAAACGCGCCGUCCCCACGUGGCACCGAGGUCCGGCACCUGGGCGUGGAGCCGCUGGUGCGGGCAUCACGGGCUAAUCUGGUGGGCACAAGCUGGGGGUCGGAGGAUAGCCUUUCAGUGGCCAGCGACCCCUACGGCAGCGCCUUCAGCCUGUACCGAGGACGGGCGCUCUCGCUCCAUGUCAGCAUCCCCCAGGGGGGGUACCGACGAGACGACCCCCACAGCGGUCCUGUCUCCCCAAAGCCAGGCGCUGAGCCUCCGCACUCACCUGCUGCCCUGCCGCUGACCGCCAAGCCGCCCAUCAUCCGCUCGCCAUCUCCAAGAGCUGGCCUGUGCCCCCCCACGCCCUCCGGAGCCACCUCGCAGCCCUCUGCCCGCCUCCCCUCCGCCUCCUGCACUCCCGUGACCCCCCGCAGGACGUCCUCGGUGCCGGCCGACUAUCAGGACAUUGUCCCCGAGGAGUACGAGGAGAAGAUCAAGAAGCCCAAGUCUCACUCACAGGGCAGCACGCAGGACUCCCGGCCCGCCACCCCCAUGAGUGACGCAUCGGGCCGCAUCUCGGUGCGGGCAUCGCCCAAGCUGGUGCGCGCCGGCUCCAGGAUCUUUGAGCGGCUGCAGUACUUUGAGGAGCGCCGCGGGAGCCUGGAGCAGGCAGACAGCCCAUUCCCCGCACGGCCAUGGCUGCCCCUGCGCAAGACACGCUCCUUCGACCAGCCCGGCUGGGAGCGGCGGGUGGGCACGCUGGGGGGCUGGCGGGAUGGAGAAGGCAGCGCUGCCAGCCGUCGCCAAGCCUUCCGCCAGAAGGCAGCCUCCUUUGAUGAGCGGGGCAAGUUCGCUGGGCGAGUGCAGGACAUCGAGCACAAGUUCUCGGAGGAGCUGAGCCGCAUCAAGAGGACCGUGUCCAAGCAGCAGCUGCGGCGCUCGCAGGAGCUGGGCAAGGCUGAACCACAGCCACCCGCUGAGCCCCCCACCGCCCGCACCCCGCGCAGCUCAGCCUUGCCACGUAAGGUGCAGCCAGCCAAGGCCUCGGCUCCGGCCGACGGCACGCACGUCAUCCAGCACCUGGCUCUAUCCAGCGUGGCACUGGUGGGACCCAACGGGGAGCCAGAGCCGGGGGGACAGCGGGCACGGAGAGGCCUGGCACGGGGUGGCAUAGUGGAGGAGUCAAGGAAGGCUGUGCAGCAAGAUGGUGGUGGGGAAGUGAGGAAGAAGGAGCAGUGGCUGUUGGCACAGACCACCCCACGGGGUCGUGCCGCUGAAAGGACUUCGUGCCCGGAUGGAAGUCCUGUGGCUGCAACCAGGGCCCCCGGGGUGGCGAGUGAAGGGCUGGCUGCCAGGCUGGCCGUGCCCCACGGGCUGUACCGCAGGCCGGAGGUGUCUGCGGAGGUGCGGUUCCUGCCUUGGGCAAAGCCGGGCAUGGAGCAGGAGGCCCGGCUGGAGAGGAGCUGGGCAGGGCAGCACAGCACAGGGAAGGAGGUGGAAAGAAGGCAGGCGAAAGUGGUGGAGAAGAAAGAGAGCAUUCGGACGGCUCAGGAAGGCAGAGGCACGCGGAGCAAGGGGAAGGGGCGCCGGGCCCGGCCCACCUCUCCAGAGCUAGAGUCCUCUGAUGAUUCCUACGUCUCGGCGGGUGAAGAUCCCCUGGAAGCGCCCAUCUUUGAGAUCCCCAUCCAGGACACAGCGGUGGCUGUGGGAUCAGAGGUGCUGCUCAAGUGCAUUGUCACAGCCAACCCGCAGCCAGAAGUGUCCUGGAGGAAGGACGGGGUGCCGCUGAGGAGCAGCACGGCGCGGCCCAUCAAGGCGGAGGGCGAGCGGCACACCUUGCUGGUCAGGAGCGCCCGGGUGGCCGACGCCGGCCUCUACACGGUGACGGCGGCCAACGAGGUGGGAGCCACCUGCUGCAGCGCCAUCCUCAGCGUGCGGCCCGCCCCCGCCGUGGAGCGGCAUGGGAACCUGGCCCCCCCUCUGGGCCAGGUCAGCCCCAUCACCUCAGACGAGGAGUACCUGAGCCCACUGGAAGAGUUCCCCGAGUCCGGAACCCCGCAGCACAGACCAGCCAUGAAACUGCAGCCCAGAGCGGAGCAUGGAGCUGCCCACAGCUCUUCGGAGAGCAGCUUCAAGGCUGCACCCACCUUUGAGGUGGCCCUAUUGGACCAGUCGGUGCUGGAGGGACAAGAUGUCAGCAUGAGUGUCCGCGUCCGUGGAGAGCCCAAGCCCAUCAUUUACUGGCUGCGGAACCGGCAGCCCGUGAAGUACGGCCGCCGUCACCAUGCAGAGGAGACAGAGGGGGCCCGGGGUCUGUACACACUGCACAUCCUGGCAGCUGAGCGCACUGACACCGGCUUCUACACCUGCAAGGCUGUCAACGAGUAUGGCACCAAGCAGUGCGAGGCCAAACUGGAGGUCAGAGCUCGGCCCGAGUGCCAGUCCCUGGCUGUGGUGGUUCCCCUGCAGGACGUGGUGGUCGGGGCGGGGGAGCUGGCACUCUUUGAGUGCCUGGUGGCUGGCCCGCCAGACAUGGAUGUGGACUGGCUGUCACGAGGCCGGCUGCUCCAACCCGCCCUGCUCAAAUGCAAGAUGCAUUUUGAUGGGCGCAAGUGCAAGCUGCUGCUCACCUCCGUGCAUGAGGACGACAGCGGCAUCUACACCUGCAAGCUCAGCACGGCCAAGGAUGAGUUGACCUGCAGUGCCCGGCUGACAGUGAAACCCUCUGUGCAGCCGCUCUUCACCCGCAAACUGGAGGAUGUGGACGUGGUGGAAGGACGGACGGCACGCUUUGACUGCAUGGUCAGCGGGACCCCUGCACCGACGGUCACCUGGAGCCACUUUGGCCAGAUGGUGCAGGAAGGGGAGAACGUGCGCAUCCAGCGGGACGGGGGGCUGCACUCACUGGUCAUCGUGCAUGUGAGCAGUGAGGAUGAGGGGCAGUACAUGGUGUCUGCUAGGAACACCCAUGGCCACGUGGAGUGCUCUGCCGAGCUCUAUGUGGAGGAGCCACGGCCAUCCGCUGCCUCCCAGAUCUCCAAGCUGGAGAAGAUGCCAUCCAUCCCAGAGGAACCAGAACAGGCGGAGACCGAGGCAGAGUGCUUCACCAUGCCUGACUUCCUGAAGCCACUGCACAACCUGGAGGUGGUGGAGUCCAAGGAGGCGGUGCUGGAAUGCCAGGUGGCUGGGAUGCCCUACCCAUCCAUCACCUGGUUUCACAAUGGCUCACGCAUUGACAGCACCGACGAUCGCAAGAUGAUGCAAUAUAAGGACGUGCAUCGCUUGGUGUUCAGAGCCGUCAGCCACACGCAUGCUGGCGUCUAUAAAAGUGUUAUUGCCAACAAAGUAGGGAAGGCCACAUGCUAUGCACACCUCUAUGUCACAGAUGUGGUGCCAACCCCCCCGGAUGGGCCCCCCACAGUGGCCUCGGUGACUGGCAGAGCCAUCACGCUGACGUGGAACAAGCCCAGGUGGCUGGACACGGCCAUAGACCCCAGCUCGGUGACCUACGUGGUACAAAUGCAAGUGCUGGGCAUGACACAGUGGAUGGUGUUGGUGUCUGGCCUGCGGGACACUACCUACACAGUGCAUGGGCUCACCAAGGGGGCCCAGUACCUCUUCCGUGUCAUCACUGCAACCCCCAAGACCAACAGCAAGCCCUCCCCACUGGUGGGGCCUGUGAAGCUCCUGGAUCGGGGUCCCUAUCUGGAUGAGGCUCCAGUCAUCCUGGACAAGCCUGAUGUAGUGUACGUGGUGGAGGGCCAACCAGCCUCCAUCACCAUCACCAUCAACCACGUGGAGGCCACCGUCACCUGGAAGAGGGGCGGGCAGGUGCUGGGGGAGCAGGAGGGCACGUGCGAGGUGACGAUGCCGGAUGAUGACCAGCACUGCCUGCGGCUGCUGCGCGUGGGUCGGGGGGCUGCAGGGCCGCUGGCCUGCGAGGUGAGCAACCGCCACGGCACUGCCCGCUGCACCCUCCGCCUCCACCUCGCAGAGGCACCGCGCUUUGAGUCCAUCAUGGAGGACAUUGAUGCCCAGGAAGGGGAGACACCCCGCUUUGCCGUGGUGGUGGAGGGCAAACCGCUGCCGGACAUCAUGUGGUACAAGGAUGGGGAACUUCUGGAGGAGAGCAGCCACCUGAGCUUUGUUUAUGAGGACAACGAGUGCUCCCUGGUGGUGCUGGGUGCUGCUGAGCCCGACAGUGGGGUGUACACCUGCACGGCCAGAAACCUGGCGGGAGAGGUCUCCUGCAAGGCUGAGCUGGUGGUGCACGCAGCCCAGCCUGCAGCCGAUGCCACCAUGGAGGAAGAUGCGCUGCACAAGGCACGACGCCUGACUGACUACUAUGAUGUACACGAGGAGAUCGGGAGGGGGGCUUUCUCCUACCUGCGGAGAGUGACAGAGAAGAGCAGCCGCCUGGACUUUGCUGCCAAGUUCGUCCCUGGCAGGACCAAGGCCAAGCAGUCAGCACGCCGGGAGCUGCACAUCCUCUCACAGCUUGACCAUGAGCGCAUCGUCUUCUUUCACGACGCCUUUGAGAAGAAGAAUGCAGUCAUCAUGGUGAUGGAGCUCUGUGCUGAGGAUGAGCUGCUGGACAGGAUGGCGAGGAAGCCCUCAGUGUGCGAGUCUGAGGUCCGCUCCUACAUGCGGCAGAUCCUGGAAGGGAUCUGCUACCUUCACCAGCACCAAGUCCUGCACCUGGACAUCAAACCAGAAAACCUCCUGAUGGCAGAUUCAAGCAGUGAGCAGGUCCGGAUCUGCGACUUCGGCAACGCGCAGGAGCUGACGCCUGAUGAGCCGCAGUACUGCAAGUACGGCACCCCCGAGUUUGUGGGGCCCGAGAUCGUCAACCAGAGCCCCGUCUCCAGUGUGACCGAUGUCUGGCCUGUGGGGGUCAUCGCCUACCUGUGCCUCACUGGGAUUUCCCCCUUUGUGGGUGAGAACGACAAGACGACGCUGAUGAACAUCCGCAACUACAACGUGGCUUUUGAGGAAAGGAUGUUCCAGGGGCUCACUCGGGAGGCCAAGGGCUUCGUCAUCAAAGUGCUGGUCAAUGACAGGCUGAGACCCAAUGCGGAGCAGACUCUGGAGCACCCCUGGUUCAAGACACUGGCAAAGGGGAAGGUCAUCAGCACCGACCACCUGAAGCUCUUCCUCUCCCGUCGGAAAUGGCAGCGCUCACAGAUCAGCUACAAGUGCAACAUGGUGCUGCGGCCGAUCCCAGAGCUGCUGGAGGACACCUCCAACCACCUCUCCAUCGCUGUGCCUCGACACCUCAAGGAGUCUCCAGCCCUCUCGUCCUCCUCAGACUCGGAUGACCUGGACGAACUGCCCUUCAUCCCCAUGCCGCACCAGGUGGAGUUCUCUGGCUCCCGCAUGUCCCUCAAUGAGAUCCCCACGGAUGACGAGAUGCCAGGGCCAGCUGAGGGCCUGCGGCAGGAGGUGGCUGUGCCAGGGGACGGCUCCGCCAUGGAGUGGCAGAGCGAGGCCACAGGAAAGGCUGUAGUAGCCCUGGGGAAGAGGCCGAGGGCCCCAGGGCCGCGGCGGCAGUGUGCAGAAGUGGAGGCACCCAGCUCCUCCGAUGAGGAGGCCCCCGAGGCCCAGAAGCGGCUCGAGUAUCCCCGCAAAGCCAUGAGGAAGGGCUCCAGCCUGGAGUCCCCGGAGAGCACCCGGCGGGGUGAGCUGAAGCGGGGCAGCUCGGCUGACAGUGCCCUGCUGAGCCGGCCCCCAGGCCUUGAAGAGGGGGCUGAGGUGGGCCGGGAGCCUCGACGUGCCCUGGCCAAGGCAGCCUCCAUGGAGCUGCCGCGGCGUCGGGGAGUCGAGGACGAGCAUGCCCAGCGCCUGGAGCUGAUGCGGCAGCGCCUGCUGCGGGGCAGCACCACCGAUGGCAAGGUCAGUGGCCUGCGGGGUCCGCUCCUGGAGACGCUAGGGGUCGGCCCCAGCAAGAAGGGGCAGUGGCCGCCCCGCAUGGAGCAGCUGGCACCCUCAGUGCCACGGCUGGUGCGGGCAGCGUCCAGCGAGGCCGCCUCUCCCCACCUGAUGCCCCCUGAGCGCGUUCUGCAGAAGAGCAGCUCCUUCAGCCAUGGUGAUGCUGAGCCUGUUGUCCGGCACCGCCGCUCCGGUGCACCCCUGGAGAUCCCAAUGGCCCACACUGAGGCUCAGAGGCUCAAGGAGUUCCCAUCACUCUCAGCACUCACCGAGGCACGGCCCCAGGUGCCGGAGGCCAUUGUACCACAGCCCCCUGUGGCCAAGGCUGCCCAGGAGAGGAAGCCCAGCCCAGAGGAGCGGGUCCAGCCUCAGGCCCGAGCCAGCACUGUGGGGAAGAAGCCAAUGGAGGAGAAGGUGCCCACCAAGGCUGAAGCCACUAGAGCCACAGGGACGCCUGGGGUAGGGGCUGCCAGGCCCAGAACAGCCACCCCGCAGCAGCCUUUGGCCCCUGGGGCUCGCACCACUAAGUCCUCCUACGCGGAGGUGAUGCAGGCGAUGGGAGCCACGUGGCAGGGGGAGCCGGCCACCAAGGAAGCACCCCAGCCCGCUGCCCCUGCUGAGCCCCCUGCACCGGCACCAGCACCAGAGGAGAAGAAGGAAGCACAGCCCACCGGCUCAUCCAGCUCCCUGCUCAUCCAGGACAUUGACUCCGAGGAGGUCUUCGAGGCCAAAUUCAAGCGGAGCCGCGAGUCAUCCCUCAGCCGUGGGCUGAAGCUCCUGACUCGCUCCCGCUCUGAGGACCGGCACUUGGCCAGCCCGUCGGCCCGCGACGACGGCAUUUACCGGCCCACACCGGCCGGCGUGCCCCUGGAGCUGCGCCGGAGCCAGCCCGCCGGCUUGGAGAAGUCCAAGUCAGUGCAGGACCUGCACGAGGUGGAGAAGGACAGCGGCUUCCUCCGCAGGAUGUCUGUGCUCCUCAAGCGCACUCCACCCCCCGAGAGGAGGAAGAGCAAAGGGGAGGAAGGUGGCGGUGACACUCCGACCCGCGGGCGCCGCUUCUCCUGGAGCCUGGGCUUGGGCAGCUCCAAGGAGCGCAGGGACUCGGAGAGCCUCAAGUCGGAGCCGGGGGGUGGCGGGGAGUCGCCGGUAGUAGCGGUGCGGCGGAAGAUCAGCGCCACUAUGGAGCGGGUGUCCUCGCGGCUCCGCAGCCUGUCGGACGAGCGGCCCGAGGACGAGGGGCCGGGGGAGCUGGGUCAGCAGCGGCCGUCCCUGCUGCGCCGCUCCAUCUCGGAGGGGGACAGCCUGAGACGGGUGGGCGUCGUGGCGCAGGACCAGGUGGGACCACCGCCGGCACCGGCACCGUCCUCCGAGUCCCUGCGCUCGGAGGGCAGCACCCGCUCCACCGCCUCUGCCAAAGGUGAGGGACAGAAGCGAUCGCGCUGGGAGCGCUGGGGGCUCUCCCGAACGAAGAAGGAGAAGAUGUCCUCACAGCCCAGCAUCCCCUCCAGCCUGCUGCGGGAGGAUGGCUCUGCAGCUGGGCGGCAGCAUGCACCCAGCGAGUCAGAUUUCCCCCCUAUUUUUCACAUCAAGCUGAAGGACCAGGUGCUCCUGGAGGGUGAUGCUCUGACCCUUUGCUGCCUGCCCGCCGGCUGCCCAACCCCCAGAAUUGUCUGGAUGAAAGAUAAGCGGUCACUGCAGCCGGACAAUGUGCUGAACAUCAUCUCUUGCAAGGACGGCCGCCAGAUGCUCACCAUCUCCAAGGUCUCCAGGAAGGAUGCGGGGCUAUAUGAGUGUGCAGCCGCCAACACCCUGGGCACAGCCAUCAGCUCCUGCACACUGGCUGUGGCACGGCUCCCUGGGCGGCCAGGCACCCCAGAGAUCGCUCAGAAGUACAAGAACACGGUGCUGGUGCUGUGGAAGCCCGCAGAGAGCAAAGCCCCCUGCACCUACACGCUGGAGCACAGGCUAGAGGGGGAACACGAGUGGAAGUUGGUCAGCACGGGUAUCACUGACUGCUACUUCAACGUGACAGAGCUGCCCCCUGGCAGCGCUGCCAAGUUCCGAGUGGCCUGUGUCAAUAAGGCUGGGCAGGGGCCUUACAGCACCGUAUCAGGCAAAGUGCACCUGGAAGGAACAGACUCCCGUGCUGCUCCAGCCAAGAACACUGCUGUCCCCGUCCCCGACAAGGCGGCUUCCAGCCGGUCAACCCAGACACCCCAGGCACAGUUGGAGCCCCCGGCCCCAGCGCUGCCCCCAACCACACCGCCCCGCAAGCACAAGGCAGUGCUGCAGAAGCCUGAGCAGCCACUGCAGCCAGGUGUCCCUGAGGGGGCACAGCCAGACCCCAAGCUCCCACCCAACAUCACUGUCUGUGAGCCCCCAGAGCUGGUGUUCACUGCCCCUCAGACUGCUGCCAUGCCCCACACAGGCACCACUGCUGCUCCCACGGACACAUCUGCUCCCACCUCGCCCACACGGGUGUCCCCCCAACCUCGGGCACCCUCUCCAUCCAAACCUUCCCCUGCCCCCUCGGCAUCCACCGCCCCCAACACUGCACCCACCAGGAAGAUGCCCCCCUACAUGGUCACGUCCUUCGUCUCUAUGCCGCCCACCUCGUCCCCUGCCCAGGAGGUGCCUGCCUCAACCCCGUCUUCCAAGGAGCCCUCGCGUGACAGCAGGGCUCCAGAUGGCACAGCACUGCGGCAGGGUGUCCCACAGAAGCCAUACACCUUCCUGGAUGAGAAAGCGAGGGGCCGCUUUGGGGUAAUUCGGCUGUGCAAGGAGAACGCCACAGGAAAGCUCUUCAUGGCCAAGAUUGUGCCCUAUGAGGCAGAGAGGAAGCAGAGUGUGCUGCAGGAGUACGAGAUCCUGAAGGCGCUGCACCACGAGCGGAUCAUGGCCCUACACGAGGCGUACAUCACCCCUCGCUACUUGGUGCUCAUCUGUGAGAACUGUGCCGGCAAGGAAAUCCUCUACAGCAUCGUGGACAGGUUUCGCUACUCAGAGGACGACGUGGUGAGCUACGUCCUGCAGCUGCUGCAGGGCCUCGAGUACCUGCAUGGCCGCCGUAUUGUGCACCUUGACAUCAAGCCUGACAAUGUUGUGGUCUCGGGCACAAACGCUCUCAAGAUCAUUGAUUUUGGCAGUGCCCAGACCUACAACCCCCUGGUGCUGCGGCAGCUGGGGCGACGUGUGGGCACACUGGAGUACAUGUCACCAGAAGUGGUGAAAGGCGACCCGGUGGGCUCCGCUGCGGAUGUUUGGGGUGUUGGUGUCCUCACCUACAUCAUGCUGAGCGGACGGUCGCCAUUCUUUGAACUGGACCCCAUUGAGACAGAGAACCGCAUCCUGGCAGGGCGCUUUGAUGCCUUCAAGCUGUACCCCAACGUCUCGCAGAGCGCCGCCCUCUUCAUCCGCAAGGUCCUCACCGUCCACCCCUGGAGCCGCCCCACCGUGAAGGACUGCUUCGCCAACACCUGGCUCCAGGACGCCUACCUGAUGAAGCUGCGCCGCCAGACUCUCACCUUCACCACCAACCGCCUCAAGGAGUUCCUGGUGGAGCAUCAGCGGCGCCGCGGUGAGGCUGUCACCAAGCACAAGGUCUUACUCCGCUCCUACCAGGGCGGCCAGCCACCGGGGCCGCAGUAACCGUGAGGGGUGAGGAGCCAGAGGAACAUUCCAGGGGCCGCGGGACAGGGCGGCCGAGGAGCCGGGAUGAGCCCACGGACCCCACCUGCCAGGGAUGGCGGCAGGGCAGCACAGGGAGAGAGACGAGCGGAGUCUUUCAGUGCAGUCAAAGGAGAGCUAAUGGAAAAUGGGGCCCCAGCCGGGGUCAGGCGGAGAUGCUGGGAUGGAUGGAGAAUGUGGCAGAGGGUUGGGGGAAGAAUGCGAUGGGGACGGGACGGGGGUGGAGAUGGGGGUGUGGAAGAUCUGCCAGCAUGCCGGCCAGCCUGGGCCACGCGGUCAGUGGGGGACUGGCCCCAAAACGUGGCUGCCCCUGCAGCACCCAGCCCAGCCACGUGCCUUACCCGCAGCCCGUGGCUCCCACUGUCAUGACACUGGGGGGGGAUGACAUGACAUGACUGGGGAUGCCCACGGUCAGCGUGCUUUGCACGGGAGUGCUGAACACAGAGGCUGCUCCGCUGUGCUGCGCAGAGGGGCCGGCAGCACGGCUCUGCUCCUGCUCCAUAGGGCUGCAGCCCGGGCCCCACACCGGUGCCUUCCCCGGGCUACGCACGCUCUGCAGCUGCUCAGGCCCACGCUGCUCGUGCUCCUGGGGGCACCCCGAGCAGGAAGAGCCGCUUGUAGCCACCAGGACCCAGAUCGCUCCCCGCGGCCCCCGCCAUCCCACGUGCAACCCAUGUGCCUUGCCGACCCACACGCUCCACGCACAGCACGCCCCCGCACACACGCGCGGACCCCAUCGCCUCCCCUGGGCAGCACGGGGCAACUGCAGCGACUGGACUUAUGGACCGCGGGGAGAAGCGCCGCCCCUGCUCCGUGCCCCCACCUCCCUGCCAGGCCCCAGAGCGGCUGCUGUCCCUGCGGGCUGAAGCAGCACCGUGCAGAGCAGCAAUAAAAGCCCUGAGCAGCC